CACGUCAUUUCCUGCUGUGUGUACUGACGUGUCCGCGCGGAGGGUCCGCGGUGUGUUUAUACCCGCUCUGUGUAACGGAGAGUUUAACAGAGUGUUUAACAGAGUGUAUUAGUGUUAGUUCAGGCGCUGUAGAGUUCAGUAGUCGGGCAGGAUGCUGGAUUUCUUCUCUAUAUUCAGUAAGGGCGGGCUGGUGCUGUGGUGUUUUCAGGGCGCGGGGGUCUCCGGCUCGUUCGCGGGCCCGGUGAACGCGCUCAUCCGCUCCGUGAUCCUCCAGGAGCGCACUGGAAACAGUUCCUUUACCCACAAUGCUCUGAGUCUGAAGUACAAAUUAGACAACGAGUUUGAGUUGGUGUUUGUGGUGGGAUUUCAGAAAUUCCUGACUCUUACUUAUGUGGACAAGUUCAUAGAUGAUGUUCAGCUUCACUUCAGAGAUCGCUACAAAAAUGAGUUGGAGCAGAAGGGUGAACUUAAAUUUUUAAUCAAUCGUUUUGAGUUUGAGGACGAUUUCCACAGGCUUCUUAGUAAAGCAGAAAAGGAGAGCAUAGCUAGACUUCCAAUGAAGACUUACAGUGAGUCCAAGAAGUCUCAGAAAACUGUGAAGUCUAUGAUUGAAACAAAGGGUGGAGAAAAAGUCAAGGAGCAGACUGGCAAGAAAAAUAAGCAUGCAAAAAAAGCUGAAACAGGUGGAGAGGAACAGACCAAAUCUCAGAGUGUCUCUACGAAGGCAGUGGAGAAUGGGAACCAGGGCAUGACGCAAGAGGAGAUCAUUCAGAGAAACCGUGCAGAAUUUAUACGCAAGCAAACGGGUGGACGAGGAGAAAAGAUUAACAAGUCACCUAGGCCUCAGAAUCCAAAGGGGAAGGUGAAUAGAGUUUGGGACAUGGGUGGUACUAACUGCAAGGAUCUAGACUACAGUAAAACCAACAGCAACACUUCCCAUAACAACCAGAGUCAAGACAAUGACGCUCCAGCUGAACAACAAAUCCAGGUGCACUCUAUGAAGGGUGAGCUGCGUGAUGUGGACUAUGAGUCCUCAGAGGAUGAAGAAGAAGAAGAAGAAGUGGAGGAAGAAGAGGAGGAUAGAGGAAUGACUGCUGAUAGCAGUAGGAAAGGAGGCAGAAAGGGUUUUGGCGGCAUGUUUGGAAUGCUGAAAGGGCUGGUUGGCUCCAAGACCCUGACUCAGCUGGAUAUGGAGCCAGUCCUAGAGAAGAUGAAGGAUCACCUCAUUGCUAAGAAUGUAGCAGCCGAUAUUGCCUCUCAGCUGUGUGACUCUGUGGCCAAGAAACUGGAGGGGAAAGUCAUGGGCACUUUUACCACUGUGGCCUCUACGGUGAAACAGGCUUUACAGGACUCUCUGGUGCAGAUCCUGCAGCCAAAGCGACGAGUGGACAUUCUGAGGGAUGUGCUCGAGGCACGUGCACAACGCAAGCCCUUUGUCAUUACCUUCUGUGGGGUCAACGGCGUCGGAAAGUCCACCAACCUCGCUAAGAUAUCAUAUUGGCUGAUCGAGAAUGGCUUUACCGUGCUGAUUGCUGCUUGUGACACAUUUCGUGCUGGUGCUGUGGAGCAACUGAGGACCCAUCAGCGACGACUCAACUCGCUGCACCCACCAGAACAGCACGGUGGUCGCCCUGUCGUCCAGCUGUUUGAGAAAGGUUAUGGCAAGGACGCUGCCGGCAUUGCGAUGGAAGCUAUUGCCUUUGCUCGCAAUCAGAGUUUUGAUGUUGUGCUGGUUGAUACGGCUGGUCGUAUGCAGGAUAAUGCCCCACUGAUGACUGCCCUGGCUAAGCUUAUUGCUGUCAAUGCUCCAGACCUGGUGCUGUUUGUGGGAGAGGCGUUGGUGGGCAAUGAGGCUGUGGAUCAGCUGGUUAAAUUUAACCAGGCACUGGCUGACCAUUCCAUGUCUGAUCACCCAAGACUCCUCGAUGGCAUUGUUCUCACCAAGUUUGAUACCAUUGAUGACAAGGUUGGUGCUGCAAUUUCCAUGACCUACAUCACUGGUCAGCCAAUUGUCUUUGUGGGAACUGGACAGACCUACAGUGAUCUACGCAGCCUCAAUGCGCGAGCUGUAGUGAACGCACUUAUGAAGGCCUGAAUGUCCACCGCUCACACCACAGUGCUGAUUUGAAUCUGAUUCUGGAUAGCCUGUAAAUCUUUAACUGUACUCACCCUCAAAACAAAAGAACAAAUCUUCUGAAAUGAUUUGAGUACCAGAUUUUAGCCCUCUAUUCCUGAUUGACCUCAGGGCGCACAUCUGAUAUACAAAUAGUUUAAAAUAAGGAAUUUACUGAUAUCAGGCUUAACUCUUCACACAAUUCCUUUCAGGUCUUAAAACCCAGACACAGUGUGUCAUGUUUAUGGUUCCUCACCACAAGAGGAAAAUAAGGAAUAGGGUUUAAAUGUUUAAAUUUGAUCGAGGAGGAAGGUUGUAUUAAAAUGUCAUUACUUCAGGAUUGGACCCAGUGUAAAGCAGUGUUGUGGCUACAUGGCUCCAUAGCCAAACCAAACCAGCGCUUCGAGAAAUUUCACCACUGCUAAUGCCCGCCUCAUUCCGAUUCGCUUACUGCAGCAUUCAGAUCUUUACUUUCUUUACACAGAUGAGCUUUAUUCAGCUAAAGAAAAGGAAGAUGUAUUGUAAGUAUUGAUUUUUAGAAAGUUCAUAAAGAAAUUAUUUCUGUACCUUUUUCCUUUUCUCGCUCUGUGAGGCAGGACAGCUCAGGUGUCAUGCUGUCUGUCCCCAACGUUGAGAUAUGGAUGGAGAAAUAAAGAAAUCUAAUUUAUGCCAAA